CUAUAUCUGUCACGUUUUGAAGCAACAUUGGCGGUGAGAAUAGAAUCUAUCAGCGUCAUCUGUUUAAUAUAGGAGGAGGAUUCUCGAUUGGGACAACAGUCGAUAAUGCUAUCAACUUAUCAAAGAUACAUAGUAUUUCGUCAUUCGGACUUGCGGAUGCUGACUAAAUUAGCCUGCCCCUCCCCCACGUUUUAGGACAUUUAAUGAAGCUGUCACCUCAUCUUGGAGCUACACUCAACAUGACAUAGCAUAACAUAUCACCGCCAAGAACUCAGAAUCCUUCCAUCAACGCCCGAAGCUUCCCUCCACUGGCUUUAAACUACGCCCGUAAUUUAUAUUUAUUAUUCUAUUAUCAAGUUUCCUGGUGUUUGUGGAUAACAUACUGGCUGUCUAUCGUAUCCCCACCUCCAUCUUAUCCAACCUGAGCUCAGAGAGCCAUAGUCUAUGAUGAUGACGACUCACGAUAGCUUCAUCGAUAUUCUACCAAAUGAAACUCUCACCUCAAUCUUGGCUCCGUUCUCAACUCGAGAUUUACUCUCUUUCGCCCCGAUUAACCGCCGCAUCUGGUCUCUUGUCACUCGUCUCCUUCGCCAACGCCUGCUCAAAGCUGCGCCCCUCCCAGACAAUAAGCUUAUUUUGGAGUGUUACCACCCAAGCGACCAGCUUUACACACCUUAUUUGGCAUGUCGCUACCAGGGUAUCGUGGCGCAAGACGGCCAGCCCAUCAGUGAAGAUACGCCCGAGUUGUCUGACCUGCGAGCUUUGUAUGCCUCUUACAAGCCAGUCUUUGCACCCGAGAACCGAAGUAUCAAGAGGAGCCGAAGACGUCCCACGGAGGCGCAGCCCUCUGAUGACGUUGAAGACGAUACCGCCACUCAAGACGUGAACCUUGAUGAUGGCGAAAUGUUCUCUCAGCUUUGUGCUGUUACGAACCUUGUCAAGGAAGGUCCAAGGAGCGGACUAUUCAUAAGCCAUGUCAACAUUGUCGAUGGGGUCAUCCGCGUUUUCCGAAAGUGGCUCGCCAAGAUGGCCAGCAGACAGGAUAAGUCUCAGUCCGACUCUGAGAAUAUUAUAUGGAUUGAUACGCAUAACAACGUUGGGAUACGAUUCAGCGUUGCGCCGGCAGCAUCUGAACAUAUGCCACUUAUCUCGGGUCCAGAUGAUGAUCCACCAGUUCAUUAUAAGCUCGUGUAUGAAGAGUUGCUCGUAAGGGCGAGUAGUCUUCUUCUGGCUGUGGAGCAAUCUGCGGUGCAGGAAAUUGGAAACUCUGGAAAGACUCUCGUGAUUCACGGUGCUGCCAUGUAACCGAGUCGAACGCAUUGAAACACUUAUACAUGACUGUUUCUCUUUGAGAUUUUCAAGAUAUGCCUUCAGUUGAAAACAUUCCAUGCCAGACAUAAGAAAAGGAUUCCUUCUAAAACCUCCCCCUCAAAGACUCGCCGAUCUCUUUCCCGGCGCCUCUCCCAUUCUUCGCAGCUCAACGUCACUACCGGAGUCUGUGUCGUCCAGGAAACUCUCGCCGCUUCUCCCAACAUGCUCAUCAUGCUCUACCCGCGUCUCAAUCAUCUCUCUAUCCAGCGCCUGAGGAUGGCGCAGGUUUCUGUGCCACUCUCGAAGAGGUUUUCCACUCGUUACAAAGAAAAUGACCGCGUUCCAGAGCCCUUGGAGGGGAAGGACGGCGGCUGUGGCGACGUGGUACUCGUAGGGAGACGUACCGACGAGCCAGCUGUGGAUGCGGUUCAGACUGCUCGGGAUCCAAGUCACCAGCACACUAAGGGCGAAAAGGAAGCUCGUGCGUAAGUAAGCCCGCUUGAUGGGAUCGUCGAUGACGAAUUUGUUGACGGUUCGGUUUGUCGCUGAUGUCAUGCGACGGAGAGGGGACAUGCUAGUUCGCUCUCUGCUGUCAAUACCAGGAGAUAUGGAGGUCGAGAAGUAGUGACUGUGAGAUCCUUGGACAAUAUGUGGGUUCUCAUCAAAGGAGACCUGAGGUGACGAUGGACCAGGAGUGUAGGCGGGCUUAGGUUCACUAGGGAGAUGGUUCGCUGAGGGUGUUGAGUGAACGACCUGGACUUCAGUGACGAUAGUGCCGUAGAAGCAGUCUUGAGGGACUGACAGGAACUCGACUUGGCGUUGCUAACAAGUGUUAGCUGGAUAGGUAUUGUUUAUAUCAGACAGACUUACAGCUUGGGGCUGGGGUGGCUCAACAGGAGCUGGCUCUCGGCUCUUUGAGGUAGUCAAACUCUUGAGUUGGUUUCGAGUAUGGAAGACAUGGUAGCCAACCAUGAAGUAGAAGAUGAUCGAGCCAGCGAUACAAACCCAGACGAGCAUAUAAUCUGUCAUCGAGUCAACAACAAUGCCCCUUUGUUUUGAUAACCCACGGCAGACUUACAGUGGCCUCACCAAACACAAGGCCGCGGUUCGGGUUUCUAACCAGAAGCAACGCCAUGGCAAUAGCAAAAGGGCCACCGUAACAAAUGAGACAAUAUAUCCACCACCAUCUUCGGAAUGAGUCGGGUUUGGCGCGGAAGAAGAAGACGAGGAAGACGUUGAAUGCCAUGGCCAGAGACCACCAGGGAUCAGACUGCAUGAACCUACAUGAAGUCAGUGAUAGUCCAAGGAGAAUGAGAUUAUGAGAGGCAACUCACAUAUGGAACAUGAAGCUCUGUGCCUGACAAAGAGGCGAGGCAACACCCAGUUCCAAUCCAUCCAAGGCGAUGAUACUCGCAACACUUGCACCAACAUUCGCGACACUCGCAAACACGAUGAAAGUGUUUUGAACAUUUCGAACUUUUGGAACGAGCGCGUACGCGACGAAGAUACAGAGGACAGCAACCAAGCUGAUAGAGCCUCCUAUGCGCUCAAACAGCACCAGCGUGGUCCUCUGGGUCGGUUCAAGAAGCUCCAAGCCUCUUCCCGCAACGAACUUGUGACUCAUUUUUUAUAGUGGUGCUUUCUAGUUUCCCGAGUCCCCGAGUAAGGGAGUGGGGGAGCGAGUGCAAGAAGCAAAAGAAAUGAUUGGUAUGAAGCAAAUGAAGGUGAAAAUUGAGGACGAAGAGAAGAGAAGGGAGCAAGAGUGAGAAGAGGAGGAGUGAGGUGAGGGAGUGUCAAGUGAUGCCCUUUUGCGUAACUCGUUGUUCAAAUGUGGAAGACAAGAAGAGAAAUUGGCGAUAGCACAAGAGAGUGAGAGAGCGUGAGAGAGAGGGAAAAGAGAAGAGGGAUAACAAUGGUUUGAGUCGUCCAGAGAGGGCCAAGGUCGAAGCGUCGUGUUACAUUAACGCGAUGCAAGCACCCGUUUCUGCCGUUGCCGUUAGACGAGGGAUCUUUUGCCUCUUUAUGUUUUUGGACUGUGAGAGGAUGAUUUUGAUUUUUCGACAAGCGAAGACCAUUUGUGGUCUCGGCGGAAAUAGAAGGGGGGGAGAUAUACAGACUGCAAUAGCCAGCCUGCUUGAUAGAAUGUGUUAGUUUGACCAAACAUGUCAUAUACACAAUCUCUUGGCUCUGCAACUUGCCUUUCCUCUUCCGCCAAUCCUUUCGAGUUGUCGCCCUCCAGGAGAAGGAAUAUCAGAGAGUGAGUGAAUGUGUGUCUCUUCUGAAUUCCCACCGACGGUUGAAUUAUAAUGUUGGCUGAGGUUGGCUUUGCAGUGUCACUGACACUGACACUGACACUGACACUGACACUGAUGGCCAAAGCACCCUCUCUCUCUCUAGACGACACAACACAACUCGAGAUAUCCUAUCUCUUAAGAAUCAAAAUGUCACCAACUGUCAAUCCCUGCCACGCUCACAUCGGCCAACCCCAACUUUAUACUAUCCACCAACACCCAUUCCCCCAGAUUCUCAUCCCCAGAUUUGUCCCAUCUCCCGUUGAUAGUCUCAGGUUUCAACCAAAACGGUCAGUCCACACCAAAAACGGUGGCUCUAUAGGCUACUACUCGACUGUUUCUAUGCACUGUUGGUCCUCUCUACGAUCCAAACACACAAACAAAGGCGCCCCUCGAACGAGUCUCGACGUUGCAUCUUCCACCCCGCGAUCUGAGGCUUGGCCUUGGCAUCG